GCAAUAUGUUUUGCUGACACGUUGCCAACCGGCCAUUGGGCGCCCGCGCAGUGUGCAGGACCCGGCACGCGCCGCGCUCCACUUUGCUCCCGAAUCUCGUAUAUGUUGCUCCGUUCUUCUUGACUCGUUGAGUUGGAAACACACCAAUUUGCACCCCACGCCACCGUGACUUCAGUCUCUCUGACCCGAGAUUUGCCGCCCGAGUCACUCUUUAUUAUAACCGAAAAAAAAGUCGCCUAUCCCCCCGAAAUGUCGCCGUUGUUCAGAAUCGACUGCGGGUACCAGAACUACGACUGGGGCAAAAUCGGCUCGGCGUCUGCCGUGGCCCGUUUUGCAGCCAAGUCCAAUGCAGACACGGCCAUCGACGAAAACAAGCCCUACGCAGAAUUGUGGAUGGGCACGCACCCCUCGGUGCCGUCCACAAUCGUGGAUGACAAGGCCUUGCAAGGCAAGGUGUUGAGAGACGUGGUGGGCGGGAAUGCCGCGGUGUAUUUACACCCCUCGGUCGUGCGGAAGUUCGGCAGCGACAAGGAGUUGCCUUUUUUGUUCAAGGUGCUAUCCAUCGAGAAGGUGUUGUCCAUCCAGGCGCACCCGGACAAGGCGUUGGCCGCACAGCUCCAUGCCGCGGACCCCAAGAACUACCCGGACGACAACCACAAACCCGAAAUGGCCAUUGCCGUCACGGAUUUCGAGGGCUUCUGCGGCUUCAAGCCCUUGCGCCAAAUCGCGGCCACGUUGCAGGCCGUGCCUGAGUUCCGCGACAUUGUCGGCGCCGAAACCGCGGCCGAUUUCAGCAGCAACAUCCAGCCCGACGCUGCCGCCGGCUCUGCCGCCGACAAGGCCAACCGCGCCUUGUUGCAAAAAGUGUUUGGCAACGUGAUGACGACAAGCGACGCGGACGUGGCGGCAAAGGCGGCGCUUCUAGUCUCGCGGGCCCAGAGAGAGCCCCAGGUCUUCGAUGCCUUGGCGCCUGGCUUGGCCGACCUCGUGCUCAGGUUGAACAAGCAGUUCCCCAACGACAUUGGCUUGUUCUGCGGCUGCAUGAUGUUGAACCACGUGCGCCUAGCUGCCGGCGAGGCCAUGUUCCUACAGGCCAAAGACCCGCAUGCUUACAUCAGCGGCGACAUCAUCGAGUGCAUGGCCGCAUCCGACAACGUGGUGCGCGCGGGAUUCACGCCCAAGUUCAAGGACGUGGCCAACUUGGUGGACAUGUUGACCUACUCGUACGACCCGGUGGACAAGCAGAAAAUGCCCCUCUUGCCCUUUCCCAGGUCCCAUGGCGACGCCCCCACGUCCGUGUUGUACGACCCGCCCAUUGCCGAGUUUGCCGUGUUGCAGACGAUUUUCGCCGCCACGCCGGGCCAGACACAGUACUUCGAUGGCUUUGCCGGGCCUUCCAUUGUCAUAGCCACCAACGGCACGGGUCUGAUCAAAGUCAAGGGUUCGGACAGCGCCCUCCCCGUGGAGACCGGGUACGUGUUUUUCAUUGCGCCCGGCACGGAAAUCGAGUUGGUGUCUUCGUCGACUGCUGAACCGCUCACCACCUACAGAGCUUUCGUGGAGGCCAACUAGAAAUGGGCACCCCGCCAAAGUAUUCCUCUUGCCGGUUUGUGCAGCGUUGUUUGAUAUCAGGCGAGAGGCUAAGGAUGCGGUUCUCAAGGCGCAGGCUAUUGUUCUAGUUUUGUUGUGCAUCAAUGCUUGUUUCAGUCCAGCCAAUUGCAAGCCGCCAUUGACUAUCCAAUGAUGCAAUGAAUCCGAGGUGGCCCACCAUAAUCCAAGUGUGUUUUUACUUGAUCUCACCUAUAUAUUCUAAGAACGUACAUUGAUAUAUGUGUUUAUACUCUCCCCAAGUGGAAAUUACAUUGUUUGAUCAAGCUACAAAGUAUCCAUCCCGUGCAGAAUAAAGUCACUGAGUUGGGGUCUCGCAAGCCAAAUUGGCGGGGGUUGCAUUAUCAGUGUAUUUGGCAGAAACUCGACAUUGUAGCUACAUACCACUCUCAAAACAUGGUAAUAGCCUAGUUA